AUGAAUGGAUCCGACAAUAUCACUACUCCUUCCGGAUCACGGUCUAUGACUCAGCCUUCACUUGCCUCCUCCUCCUUGCCCCCAUUGAGCCCUUCUUCGUCAACAUUCCGUCGCAAUUCAUUACCAUCGAUGAGCUUUUCUCCGUCAGCUCCUGUGGAGAGUAGAGACUCUUCCAUUAAGGUUAAUAAAAAUCCUUCAUUGCCCCCUUUGGUUGAUGGAGAAGAGGAUGCUUCCUGGCUCGAGUUUGGUAGCAGUGAUUAUACUGAUGAUGAAUUGAAUAAGAUUGCAAAGAGUACCAAACUUCAAGAUAUUGCAAAGAGUACCAAACUUCAAGAGAUUGUAUCUGAUCCUAAGAAAGUCAGAAGAAUCUUGAAAAAUCGAGAGUUAGCCGCAUCUUCAAAGCAGAGGAAGUUAAAGUACAUGAUUGACUUGGAACAUAGAAUAAAAUUUCUUGAGAACAAAAAUGCUUUAAUAUUUGAAAAGAUCAAACUUUUGGAGAAGGAUAAAACAAUAUUGAUGAAUGAGAAGAAGGAAAUCACGAUUCAAAUUGAAUCAUUGGAGCAACAGGCCCAACUUCGUGAUGCUUUGACUGAAAAAUUGCACGUAGAAAUUGAAAGGCUAAAAGUAAUAACUAUUUCGAACGAAAAAGGGAGUGUAGAAUUACAAAGGCUCAAAAUGGAAACAUGUGAAGUAUUACAGUACCGUCGCGAGUUUGACAGAUCAAACAUGCAAGGAAUGGACCCAAACAUGUUCACUUGGUCUCAGCCAAACCUUGGUUUUUAUGGACAGAUUUAA